GUGGCGAAGGCGUUUAGUUAACAACACGGAGCCGUUUCGCGGGAAAAACCUCCGAUCGAUCGCAGAACCGCAGUCGGAAUUGCAAGUGUUACGUUCCGAACGGCUCUCUCUCGCCUUCCCGAUAAGUUUUAGCAGUUUGGUCUUGGGAUAGAAGGAUACAGUCAGUUUGUGACAUUUUUAAAGUCUUCUUUCUUAUGGAGAUGCUGUCUUCGUGUUACUGUUUUCAAAGUGUGGGAAACUAGAGACUUUUAAAAGUUCUUUUCUUCGUUGAUUGAUCUUGCAUGGAUCCGUACAACACGUAAAUCCAGAUUGUUCAUUACUAAUCUGAGGAAUUGGAGGAAACGGUUUUAAAAUCAUGACAUAGUGAAAAUAAAAGCCGAAACUUUCUGCAUAAGAACCAGCAAUAGCAAUUCACAGAUCUACUAUCACUGGAUUUUAAAUUGACGUUUUUCUAAGGUAAAACCAGAUUACUAACUCCAAAUAUAAAACAUUGAAGCAAACUGUUUCGAAAUCAUAACAUAGUUAAAUGCAGACUUCACAAAAGCAACAAAAGUGACAGCAUUUCUUCGAUCUACUAUUAUUGGAUUUAUAACUGAAGUUCCAAUGUGCUAAUACCAGAUUUAGGAACAAAAAGAAGUGUCUGAAACCAUGAUAUAGUAUAUAAAGCAAAAAGCUGAACAAGACCAAUUCUUCGAUUUUCUGUUAUUGAAUUUUAAGCUACGUUACCCGAUUGUUUGUGUAUCACCAGAUUGGUAGUUUUUAAAAUCAUGACAUAGUAAAUAAAAACGAUCGCCUUAUGCAAACGAAAACCAACAACACCCACAACAAUUCUUCGAUUCACUGUUACGGGAUUUUAAAACUGAAGUUCCCCCGUGUGUGUGUAAAGCUGGAUACUGCCAUUCCAACCAUUAGCGUUGUCGGCGAAAAACAGACCCCGAGGUCGAAAAUGACUCAAGGCGCUACCGACCGGGAAGGACACAGGCGGGAGAAGGCUUCCAGGGCGCGGAGGACGAGCCUGGCGUCCCAGAACAGCUCCGGGAGCGUCCCUUCGCGCGACUCCACCCCCGCCCCUGUUCUGAGCCAGACCCACGCCAAUCUCUUAGCCCCGGCGGUUUCCUCCCACGCGAGAACCGGAUCGUUCCGCUCCAAAGUGGAGACCCAGAAGGACCUGGAGGUUAAGAGCAACCUCCCCAGGAGAAACAGCAUGCCCUCUGUGGCCCACCACCUCCUCGCCGUGCCCGACGGGGAGAACGGACCCCCGGCCGAGAGCAAAGGGUCCCGCAUGCAGCGCGUGCGAUCCUUCAAGACGACCUCCAAGGGAGUUGUCAACCGUGGGGACUCUUUUAAAAAGAAGAGCACACAUAGUCUCAUGUCGACUGGUGCCGUCAGCGACACCGAGAAAUCGCGGCGGAGGCAAGGCGGAGCGGCCAGAGGGUCUAAGUACAGCAACAAUUCCAAUUCAAACGCACCUCAGUAUUUCAAGGUCAUUAUCCUCGGAGAAAAAGGGGUCGGAAAGUCUACCUUGACGCGCCAGUUUCUGACGUCAGACUAUACGGCUUUUGAAGGAGCUGACGCCGGAGAAAUUACUGUAGAAGUCCAGCUAAACGGGGAACAAUCCACCAUUGAGUUCCUCGACCCACCGGGCAGAAUGGUUCCAGUAGAAAUGCUGCAGGUGGACGCAUUCGUCGUGGUGUUCUCGCUAACCGAUCACCAGUCGUUCGAGGCUGCGCGAGGGAUCGUGCGUUACCUUCGUGUCGAUUACGGCACCGAUCGCGCCAUCAUCAUCGUCGGCAACAAAACCGACCUCGUACGGAAGAGAAAAGUUGAAGCGGACGACGCGCGGACGUGCGCCACGACGUUCGACUGCAAGUACAUCGAGACGUCGGCGGCGCUUAACCACCACGUGGACGAACUGCUCGUCGGCUGCCUCAGCCAGAUCAGACUCAAACUGAACGUCAACUUUAUUCCACAGUCCCCGAAAGACAUUAAAAAGGCGGAAAAGAACAAGCGGAGGAAAGGAGUGAGAGGACUCUUCAGCAUAUUCUUCCGCAAAUCCAGCAGGAAGUCCAUAUCCUGUGACAACCUAUACACGUUGUGAGAAUAAUGACGUCAUUGUGUAACAUUGUGAGAGUAAUGACGUCAUUGCGUGACGUUUUGAGACUAAUGACGUCAUUGUGUGACGUUAUGACACUAAUGAUGUCAUUUUGUGAGUGGAGUGCGCCACGUGAUAGUGUAUUUACUUUAUGGGGGAGACUAUUUAGUGACGUCAUUGUGAGCUUGCGUCAUCUUAGGCAUCUUCAGGAGACCCAUUGCUCGUGGACAGUCACUAGACUGGUUUCUGUGUCUGACAUUAAAUGCAUGUAAUAGGAUAUGAUGACGUGGAAACCAGUUAAAUUGUUUGCGAGCGCUCACAUUUCUGAAUACGACACUGGCUUUCUAUAUACGUUAUAAUAAUAGUGAACUCUUAGUGACAGUGACGUCUGCCUAACGGUCAGACUAUCUUACGUCAUUGCGAGUAUUGGUCUGUGUCACGUGACAAUUUCUAAACAGCUUAAAAAGUCAAGUCGGAAGAAGUAUGCCACGUGAUCAUAUCUGCAAGCGAUACGAAUACCGACGUCAACGUGAGGAUAAGUUUCUAUCACGUGACAAUAUAUAUUGUAUUAAAACAAUGACCUCACUAGCUGUCACGGGAUAAUAACAUAUGCUCAUUACGAGAAAAGUAGGUCUGUGUCGCCUCACAGUAAUUCGUAUAGUGAACAACGUGGAGCGUGUCCGAAAGGAACAGUGUGCGUAUCUCAAAAUAAUCACUAAAGUGAAGCAGACGAGGGGAAAAAAAGAAAUGAAACUACAUUAUGUCAACAUAUUCUUCAGUAAAUCCAGCAAGAAGGAUGUACUGCGAUACAAUCUUUAUAUGCUUUGCAGAUUGUAUUUUGAAGUGACAUGCUGAGAUGAUGGGUGUUUACCAAAGAUAAGGCAAUAUUUUCCUAGAAAUUUAGAUAUUUGUAGCUAUUAUGGAAUAUAUAUAUAUAUAUAUAUUUCUGAACAAUGUACAUUUUACCUUCAUUUUCUUGAUCCAGGACGUUUUGAAGGAGAGAUAGGGUGGAACAAAAAAGGGACAUUUGCUGGGCUGUCAGUUCUCGGUAAAUGAUUUUUAUUAUUAACAACAACAAAAAAUAUAAAUAAAUACCAUUAGCAAUCGGAUAUCUUCACAAGGAAGCGUUAAAAGGUCUUUUUCGUGAGGUAAAUUCAGCGUGCGCUAGGGCAAGUACAGUGGCUUGGGAGGGGUGCAUACUUCCAGUCCUAGAGCUCCCCUCCGGACCUGCCACUGCCGAACAAGAAAGCAGUUUUUUUCGGCACCAUUAUACUUUAUACAUUAUACCAAAAAAAAAGAAACAAAAAAGAAAGGAAUACUGAUUUACCAAAUCCUAUGUACAUUACUUAAACCACAGUUCUUGAUGCCCAUUAAUCUUAAAUCUUAACAUUUAUUUCGACCCAAUCCCUAACCAGAUCCCUGGAUCCUAGGUACUCCACGAGUCCAACACUUUGGACUCGAGUACUCGAGGGUCAAACUCGACCCGGACCCGAGUACCCGACACUUACACUGGAUGAUAAUGAGACUAAGGAAUAAAGUAAAAUAGCAUUAUACAUAUUAAUACCAGCGUUGAAAAUGGAUGCCAAAUGAUGCCCAUUGUAUUGCAUUCCACACAUUCGACUUUUCUUUUCCAUCCAUGUCUCAUAGACCUAUAAUGUAACCGGCGGCAAGCACAGGGCAAAAUGACGUAAAAAAUAAAAUAAAAAAUAAAAUGAGAGUGCUCUUCCUUGCACGGGUACUCUAGUCCUGUGAACGGACACAAGUCUUUCCCGACUCGGCCCGUGCUCGAGUACUUAAGUACUCGUGGAGGCCCUACUGGAUCCACCAACAUCGGUGGAUAUAAUCAAUAGUAAAAGAAGAAAAUGAGACGUUUUAUUAUUAUUAUUAUUAUUAUUAUUAUUAUUAUUUUUUUUGUUGUUGUUGUUCUUGUUGUUGCUGAUUAUUCAAGAUACCUAUGUAAUAUACCCGUAUUGUGUUGUUAUACGUAUAGUGUUGUACAUAACUAUAAUAUAUCAACAUGUGAUUGGGCGUGGCUACAGUCUGUGUACACAAAUGACACACAACAAUAAUUUUAAAAACCUAAAAAUGCCCAUAAUAUUACU